AUGGAUGAACAAAAAUUUCUUAAUUUUUAUCAAAAAAUAAAAUUUCAAGAAAAUUCUGAUUGUUUUUCUGCUGCGACAAAUAAACGAUUAACAUUAUUAUUAAAUUUUUACGGAUCAAACUAUUUUAAAGAAAAUAAUCGUGUGACCGAAUUUUUAUUAAAUGAAGACUUUAAAGAUUAUAGUGAAAUCGUUGAUGAUAGAGGUAAUGGUAAAGUUAACAAUUAUGCAGACCAAGUUCUAGCCAUACUUUCUAAUUAUCAAAAUGAUGAUAAAAUCAAUUGGAAAUCUCAUUUGGAUGAAUUUGAUUUCGAAGAUCACAUAAAGAAUUUACCAUGUUCAGAAAGUAUAAAUUGCAAAAAUUCAAAUGAAAUCACUAUUGAAGAAAUAAAUAAGUUGAAGCAAGCAUUUAGUAAUACAUCAGAAGAUAUUUUUUGUAAAAAAAUUACAAAGAAUAAUAAAUCUCCUCCCAAAAUGAACACAUCUGAGUUUGAUACAUUCCAAAGUAAAAUACCUAGACAAGGUGUGACAUCAAAUUUCGAUAACAGAAAUAAUAUGGUAAAUCCUAAACAUUCGAAGAACAAUGAAGAAGACAAACCACAAUUUAAUUAUUUUCGAACUGCUAGAGAUGAACUUCAAAUUCAAAAUGCUAAAAAAUUUUCCAAGGGAAACACACAUGGACAUGAAGGAGGCAGUGAUAAAAAUUAUGCAUAUGGAGCAGUUAAAAAAUCUUUGGGUACGAGAAAAGGUGGAGGGGUUUUUGUUGAUGAAGUAGUCGAUGAAAGGCUUAAAAAUAUCGAUCCAGCAAUGAUUGAAUUAAUCAAAAGUGAAAUAAUGGAUUGUGGUUCGAAAAUAACAUGGAAUGAUAUUGCUGGUCUUGAAUUAGCAAAAAGUACAAUACAGGAAAUAGUAGUUUGGCCCAUGCUUCGUCCCGAUAUAUUUACUGGACUACGAAGACCACCCAAAGGAAUUUUAUUAUUCGGUCCUCCGGGAACGGGUAAAACAUUAAUUGGAAAAUGCAUAGCAUCUCAAUCAAAUUCGACAUUUUUUAGUAUAUCCGCAUCAUCUUUAACAUCAAAAUGGGUCGGUGAUGGUGAAAAAAUGGUUCGAACUCUUUUCGCCGUUGCAAAAGUUCAUCAACCCUCGGUUGUUUUCGUCGACGAAAUUGAUUCGUUAUUAUCACAAAGAAGUGAUUCAGAGCAUGAAAGUUCUAGAAGGAUAAAAACGGAAUUUCUAGUCCAAUUGGACGGUGCAGGUACGGGAGACGAUGAUCGAAUACUCAUUAUAGGUGCCACAAAUAGGCCACAAGAAUUAGAUGAAGCUGCAAGACGAAGAUUGGUAAAAAGAUUAUACAUUCCUCUCCCGGAUGAAAACGCUAGAAAAGAAAUAAUAAAAAAUUUAAUAUCGACUGAAAAACAUUGUUUAAACGAUAUGGAAAUACAUGAAAUAGCUAAAUUGACAAAAGGAUACUCAGGAGCAGACGUUAAAAACUUAUGCCAAGAGGCGUCACUCGGUCCCAUAAGAUCAAUAACACCGUCUUUAAUUCAAACCAUCAAUUUCAAUGAUGUUCGACCGGUUAAUUCAAAAGAUUUUCAAUCCGCUUUAACAAGGAUAAAAUCAAGCGUAUCAAAAAAAGAUUUGGAUAUUUAUUUAGCGUGGGAUAAAUUAUACGGUUGCGGUUCUGUAACCACGUGA